CCGCGGCAUCCGGCGGCGGGCGGAAGCGGCGGCGGGGCGGGGAGCCAUGGAGCGGGGAGGGGGAGCCGUGGAGCGGUGAGGGACCGAGCGCCGCGAUCGCCGAGUCGCCGACAUGGAGACGGUGCAGCUGCGGAACCCGCGCCGGCAGCUGAAGAAGUUGGAUGAAGACAGUUUAACCAAACAACCUGAAGAAGUGUUUGAUGUACUGGAGAAGCUUGGAGAAGGCUCCUAUGGCAGUGUGUUCAAAGCCAUUCAUAAAGAAACGGGUCAGGUUGUUGCAAUUAAACAAGUUCCUGUGGAAUCUGACCUGCAAGAAAUUAUAAAAGAAAUAUCCAUAAUGCAGCAAUGUGACAGUCCUCAUGUGGUGAAAUAUUAUGGCAGCUAUUUUAAGAACACGGACCUGUGGAUAGUGAUGGAAUACUGCGGCGCUGGAUCCGUGUCUGACAUUAUUCGGUUACGAAACAAAACUCUCACAGAGGAGGAAAUUGCUACAAUAGUGCAGUCGACACUGAAAGGACUCGAGUACCUGCAUUUUAUGAGGAAAAUACACAGGGACAUCAAAGCUGGAAAUAUAUUGCUAAACACAGAGGGACAUGCUAAACUUGCAGACUUUGGAGUGGCAGGACAGCUUACAGACACCAUGGCAAAGCGGAACACAGUUAUAGGGACCCCAUUUUGGAUGGCUCCAGAAGUGAUUCAGGAAAUUGGGUAUAAUUGUGUUGCAGACAUCUGGUCUCUGGGAAUCACUGCAAUAGAAAUGGCUGAAGGCAAGCCACCAUAUGCAGAUAUUCAUCCCAUGAGGGCGAUUUUCAUGAUUCCCACCAACCCCCCCCCAACGUUCCGCAAACCAGAGCUCUGGUCAGACAGUUUCACUGACUUUGUGAAACAGUGUCUUGUGAAGAGCCCGGAGCAACGUGCCACUGCAACACAACUGCUGCAGCAUCCAUUUGUUAAAAGUGCCAAAGGAGUCUCAAUCCUGCGAGACCUGAUUAACGAAGCGAUGGACAUCAAGCUGAAACGUCAGGAGGCUCAGCAGCGUGAACUGGAUCAAGAGGAUGAAGAAAACUCAGAGGAAGAUGAAACCGAUUCAGGCACCAUGGUGAGGGCAAGUGGAGAUGAAACUGGAACCAUAAGAGCUGUGAACACCAUGAGUGACGGAGCCAACACCAUGAUAGAACACGAUGGCACCUUGGAGUCCCAGCUGGGUACCAUGGUCAUAAACACGGAAGAGGAAGAGGAGGAGGGCACCAUGAAAAGGAGGGAUGAAACCAUGCAGCCAGCCAAACCAUCAUUCCUUGAAUAUUUUGAGCAGAAGGAGAAGGAGAAUCAAAUCAAUAGCUUCGGGAAGAAUGUGUCUGGCCAGACAAAAAAUUCAUCUGAUUGGAAAGUACCACAGGAUGGAGACUACGAAUUUCUGAAGACAUGGAGUGUGGAUGAGCUCCAGAGGAGGCUCUCGGCCCUGGACCCCAUGAUGGAGCAGGAGAUUGAGGAGAUCCGGCAGAAGUACCAGUCCAAGCGGCAGCCGAUCCUCGACGCCAUCGAAGCCAAGAAGCGGCGGCAGCAGAACUUCUGAGCCACGGGGGGUAGAAUGUUCUUCCAGCCCCAAACAAUCAGCUCCUUGCUUUUGUGACUACUGAACAGAUUGAUUUCUAUUGAAAUACGCUAGCGAAAUAGAGGGCAAUACUUCUGCUCGUUUAUUUUUCCAUAGCACCUUUGUGAACUCAGGAAUGCCGUGACCUGGAGGAUCCUGGGGGUUGUGUUUUCAUGUUAGACAGGUAUUUAACACGUUAUUGCAAAGGAGUUCUGUUACUGUUUUUUAGGAGGAUUGUUUUUAAACCAGAGGAACAGAUAGGAAUAGGCUAAUGAAAGUUGGCUCACUCUCUUUUCAGCUGAACUUUCAAGAGUCCAUUUUGGUUUCAGUGAAUAUGGACUGUGGUAUUUAACGGCUGCAUCUUUUGUGGGUUUUUUGGUUUUGUUUUUCUUUGUGAAUGCACAGACUCAAUUUCAAGCUGUUAACUGUCUCUACUGUUAAGGUACUGAUAAGUUUUAGGUCACUGAAGAGAGCAGGUGAGAACUUGUACAAACUGUUCCAGCCUUUUGAAAGAAACUUAAAUCUCAGUUUUUAAAAGGCCUGUAAUAAGCCCCAUGCCUUACACUGUGUGCUUUAAGCAAGUGUGGUUUUCUCCAGACCUCAGUUUUGUCCUCUUUUUGUGUCCUGUAUGAAUUUAUAUGAGUAGAUAAAGCAUGUUGUGCCUCCAUAAGAAAUUACGUUCUGUCAUUUAAAAUCCACACCCAUUUAAAACCAAAAGCCAGUCAGUGAUCUGAUUCCCCUUUGUCUGUCUGUCUGGAGAUGUCCUUCAGGGAGACUCUGCUGACAAUGGAGUGCUGAGGAAAGGAAACAGCACUUGAAUGGGUGGAAGGAAUAAUCUCAGGAACUGGGUACUUCAGCUGUGUCUGAGAGGACUUAAAAAAUCUCCACAGCUUGUGAAAUAUUUUAUAGGCUUCAUUUCAAAUUUACAUCUUUAGACACUUGAAUAAAAACUUGGUUUCACAAUCCUUCACAUUUCUGCAAGGUUUAGCACAUCAGGAGAGUUGAACUGGAAGUAAAGACUGUUGAAUUAACAAAGAUGUGCAUUUAUGGUGGUUGAGCAAAGGCGGAGGUGAUCUGGAUGAGAAGACAACUACUGAUGUCCUGCUGGAAGAGGUUCAGUCUCUUCCAGUUUCUCUGGAUGCUCCUGUGUUGGUAGGUUGUAUUUUUUUUCAUUUCCCUGCUGUUCUUGCCCAGUAAAGGUCAAUCAGUGGCGAUGCCCCAGCGUGUACAAUCGCUGUGAGGAUGGUGCAAUCAGCUCACACCAGAGAGGGGAGAGGAAAACAGAAGCAAAGAGCCUCUUUGCAGGGCAAAGACUGAGCAGUGCCUCUGCCCUGUGGGCUGUGACAGCAGAGCCGUGUAGCUUUAGGUGUUCCCAGUAUAUGAUGAAUUGUUUGGACAGAGCAAGUAUUUCUACCAAUUUAUUUUCAUUUUGCUCUGAUAGAGGGAACAGUUUCCCUGUCGAUCUUCUGAAACAGGCCUUGGUACAUCACCUAGAUAAUAAAACAGCAGUGUCUCCUGGAUCAAGUGCUGCGAGAGAGGUGAAGCACUCAUUUCAUGCCUUUGUGGGGUCUUGUUUUCCCCUUAGAGCAGACUCUUGGCUAUGCUAACAGGUCUGCUCCAUAGCUGUGAAAGGAACCAAGCCAUUCUUACCCUCUGCAGCUCUGGUUGCAUCAGUUUGUCUCUGUUUGACGUGCAUUGGGGUCACGGCAGUUUUGGAGAUCAGCAAGCUGUCCCUAAGGAAAAGGGAGAGGCAGUAAGCAGUGUAUGUAGGGGGCUGAAGGAGGAGUACAUCCUGGGAUAACCAGCAAUUUGAUAGCCUCAGGUACUGGGAAACAUCAGGGCUCAUACCGUGCUCGUUGGAAUCUGUGCAAUACUCUUUGCCCUGAUCUUGUCUUUGUUAUGAGAGCAUCCUUGAGCAUCCUUAUCCGUGAGCAUCCUUUGCAUCAAAGAAACUCCCCCAACUUAGGAGGGAGUUCUCUGCUCAGUACUGGAUCUUGUAUUAGUCACUGGGAUGGAUCUGGCCCAGCACCUCUGGUGUGAUGGACACACAGACAUGGUAAACUGUGCACUGCCUGUGUGUGGCGUGGAUCAAACGGGCUCUGCCGGGAGGAGUUUUACUUCUGCACUGUGUAGGUAACUUUGUAGUGAUCAGAGGGCAUUAGAACCCCCAAGUUUUAGGUGAAACACCAUGGGGUGGUGUCUAUUUACAGAAUAUGCAACCUGUGACUGCUGUAACUGAAUGUAAGCACUCUUGAAAUGCUCUGCUUUGCUGAUGCAAUUGUCUUAAAAUAUAGCAAAUGAACCAAAAUAAGUAAAACUGGUCCAAUGGCUUAACUGUCUUUGAACCUUUCUUAAAUGCUUGCAUUGGCUGAGACUUAAUGAUGUUUCUUGCACUUAGAGCUGUAAUGCAGAGGAAUUAUUUUCUCUUCACUGAUUUUCAAUCUGUUAGAGAAAAUAUUUCCCUUUUUUGGUCCCUUUGUAGAGGGUCUGGAAGGAUGGGACCUGUUCACUCCUCAGAGUGAACUCUUAGCACUCCAGACUAAGACCAAGGCUGGUGUCAUAAGGGAAGGCUGUUCUGACAAAGUUUUUAAGCAAAAAAACUUGUUUAAUUGUGAAGCUGCAUUUGCGUGCUCCUUGGAUCCAUCUGCAUUGCUGAAAGGGUUCUGGACAAACUGUUCUCUUUGCUUCUAAAACCCAGAGAUACUGAUGAUGUCAGUCAUGCGAGACUUACAAAUGUGAAGUUUGUAGCUUUAACUUUUUUGUAACAAAGAAAUUAGCGACACUGGCAUAAACUGCUGACUUGAAAUGCUAUUUUGUAAGAUCUGGCUGUUUGUAUAUAAUAGUGUUGGGUCUUUAGUUUGUAUAUGUAUGAAACAGUAACUUUUAUUGCAUUCCUCUCAGUUUGAUACAGGAGAUUUUAUUUGAUCUUUCUCAAAUAUCUUGCCUUAUUUGUUCAAAGGGGCAAAUAAACUGUCCCUACCUGAAAGCAUCAGGUAGUGUCGUGA